GACGGGGAUACCACUGAAAUAUGAGGUUAAGCUAUGGUCCUAAUUCCUCCAACUGGAUCUCAGGGUCUGGGUGAGCAGGUACACAAAACAAGAUGAACACAGAGAGGGAGAGUAGGAGUGGGAGGGGCUGACAGGGAAACAAAGAGAGGGAGAGAAGUUGAAAGUGAGAGGGACAGACAGAGAGAAAAGAGGUCAAAUAAUAUUGUUUUAGUGCACAUUUAUACCUGGAACUUAUGGAGAUAUUCACAAAGCCUUAUAAACAGAUUUUCAAGGAUUUGAAGAACUGAAUGGAGCGUUAUUGAGGAAGGCUGUAACAGGGGAUGCAGUCCAAACUCAGGGAUAUGACAUCAAUCAAACUUAGGCCACAGACUCAGAGACAGAUGUGACAUCACUGUGACAUCAUCAGCACUGGCUUGGAGGUGGUAGAGAAGAUGACGGUGUUUAGGGUCAUGCGCAUCACACUGUUGGUUGUUUUACUGGGCAAUACAUCCACCAACAGUUCAGCAAGUAAAAAAGAGGACCAAAGAGAGCCCAUUUUCAAGGAGUUAGUAUCAAUAUGGCGUAAAGGAGGGGGGUGGUAUCCUACCAAAGAGCCUGCCUCCCCGGAGAGAACCCAAGACCAGCAGGUCCACAGCGUGGUGAGGAGCAUCAUGGGAAGUCUGAAGACCCUGGGCCUGCUGCCCAGUAAGAACAUGGGCCUCCCCUCCCUCCAGAAGCCUGUGGACAGGCACCGUCUGUCAGGCUUCCUCUACAAUAUCUCCAUGUACCUCCAGGAGAUGGGUGCUGAGCUGGAGGAGCGACAGCUUGUCUCUGACGAGGAACAACUGUGGGAGAAGGUAUUACAGUCCUUCAUCCAGUCAGAAGGGGGUGCUGCGCUGAACCAGUGGGACAGCCGGGAGCCCCCCAGGCCCAGCGUCAGACUCCAGGACUGGUUUCUGUCCCUGAGAGGCAGCCCUCACUGGGACGGGCUGCUGGGGCUUCUGCAGAGCCUCAUGUCCCUGUCUGAGCGGCAGCCCUACAGGCCCCUGCUUGACUUCCUGUCCCAGAACUGGAGGACAGUGAGUGCCCUGCUUGAGGCGGCCCUGCAGGCGCUGGUCAGCGGGACCUAUGGCCAGGCCAGCGCCGGGCUGCAGGGCUUCAUCUGUGCCCUGAGGGGCCGAGGUGAAUGUGCCUUCAGUGUCAGCUGGCUAACACAGUUCCUCCGCUUCAUGGAGAUACGCAACUGGAAGCCCGUGGUGAACCUGCACCCUGCGGGGAUGGGGGCCAACCAGAGAAGGGGCUCGGCUGCUUUUGGGCGCCUGAAACCCUUCAGCAUGCCCCCCAAGGCCCUGAGAGAGGAGGGGUUGUCUGGGAAUGCCACUCAAGGGGACGUUGGGGACAGAAGGGACAUGGGGGGAGACCUGGACUCCCUUCAGACACUGCUCCUGCAGGCUUUAUCACGCUCCGAUGGGGGGCAGAGGGCGGGGCAGCUGGCAGAGCAAAACCCUGCCCUGCUGCAGGGAUUGGACGGCCUCAGAAGGGGAUUCUUGCACAGGGUGGGCAGCUCGGUGUACGGCAACCUGAGGAGAAAGGUGUCCCGUGUUACCAUGGCGCUGCUUGAUGAUGUCAGCAGCGUGGUGGACGUGCCACAGCCCAAACAUAAGGGCAGAUGUUCCGUUGGUGACCUGAGACAGCUAAUCUUAUGGGGGAUUAGACAUAAUGUCACGUGGAAUGCUCAGGCUCUGGGCUUCAACUCGCAGGGCCCUCCCAGCACCCCUCCCUUCCUCUCCUGCCCAGCCAUAGAGGGUGUGAGUGGGGACCCCAGACCCCCACCACGCCCCUCUCGCCCUAGACCAGCCCUGUCACCCCGCAGGGCGCCCAAACAGAAACAUCCACCCAGCUCAACCCCAGUACCCCGCCGUUCCCGUCUCCUCAAGCCCCAGUCUGAGGCAGUAGAAGUUGGCCACAGCCACCUGAGAGAGAUGAGGUACUUUGCCUCAGCAGAGAUCCUGGAAGCAGCGUGUAACGCCUCUAUCCCAGGCCUUACUGGGGUGUCCAACUUCACUGUGUUCCUCUACUGUAACCUGUUCGACGGGGACGAUGGGUCUGUGGACCCGGAGGUUGGUCAGGUGGGACCCGACCUACACGCCACGUGUUCCGACGCCGCCUGGUACCUGUCUGCAGCCGAGGAUGACUUCCUGUGGGUCCACGUCUGCAGCGAGUUCUUCGCUCACCAGUUCAACAACACUGUGUGUGCCAACUCCUCCUUUUGGCUGCAGCGAGCACACCAGGCUGCAGAGAUGAAGGACUACCACUACUUCAACCAGUCCAGUAUAGGUGACCUGUGUGUGCAGCUGUCAGGGGAGGUGGUGGAGGGCGGGGGCAGCCCAGGGCCUGACGAAGCCUGCCUGGCCCAGCUGGGCACCAGGUCCCUCAGCGCCCAGGACUUCAGACGAUGCUUCCUGCCCAACACUUCUGCUCUGGUCUCAGCCCUGUGUGGCAGCGAGUCCCCUGAGGCCCAUCCCUCCCACCCAUCCAUUCCGGAGGGCAGCUGGGCUGCAGAGUACUGCUCCAGACUCCACAACUCCUCCCACCCUGAAUCCAUAGAAGACACAUGUGACUACAGGAAGUGGAGCCUGCAGCAUUUCACCAAUGCCUCCCUGCUGGAGCUCUGUGUCAGUACAGAGGGGCUGAGGGAGUACGUUUGUAGCAAUGCCACCCUCUACCGCAGGCUACUCCCAGCCUAUCCUAAGUUCUCUGACCUUUGUGUUGACCUGGAUGUAGAACAGGAGGACAGGAAGUGCUUCCUCCAGUGGUUCUUUGACAUGCUCCCGGCGCCGUACGACUUUGACACAUCACAGCUGUGUGUGAGUCCUGCUCCGCUGCUGGUGGAGGCACUGCACAGGCUGAGUGUGUGUGAGGUGGAUGGGGGUGAGCGAGGAGGCUGGGUGGGGGCUGUGGGGUACGUGCUGAGGGUACUGGACUUUGUGGUUGGGCUCUCGGCGGGACUGGAUGAGGGGGAGGGGGAGGUGAGGCAGGGCCUGGGUCAGGCCAUCCUCCUCUCCAGUCUCCUUGACAACGCCUCAUUCUGGGCAACUCUGCGUCCUGACGCCUCACUGAGCGUGCUCCAAACCGUGGGCUUGUUCCUGCGCAAGGAGCAGAGCGCCGCUCUCAAAGAGGACCUGCUUAGCUGCUUCAGUCCUGUAUUAUGGGACCUCAUUGAGAGAGAGGACAACUCCUCUGCCCUCAGAGUCCUAAUGCAGGAGUACCUCCAAAUGCCCAGGGAGAGUAUCCGCACACUGGUGAUGUCAGCAGAGAAAGAUGCGGUGAAGAGGUUUCUGUCUCACAUGCACCAGAGCUGGGACCAGCUGCACGUAGAAACCACUCAGUCCUCUCAGAGAGAACUGCAGGCCAUGGAGACCAUGACGUCCGCCUUCAUCCACAAGUUCCCUCGUGUGACCCCUGACCUCUUCGUCGACCUAUCACAGUUCAUACCUUUCAUGUCCGUCUCUGACAUCAUGAGCUUCCCCACCUCCCUGUUGGUCAACACCAGUGUGUUGAUGGCGAUCCGUGACCACAGCACAGAGAUGAAGUCUCCACAGAAACAGGCGUUUGUGAAGAGGCUCCUGCAGUCCAGUGUGGUGGGAGAUGUCCCUUCCUGGCCACCAUACUUCCUCAGCUCCAUCCUCCCACUGCUCCCACACCUCCCAGUCAGCCAAUUUCAACAGCUGACAUCAGACCAGCUGUCCCUCUGGCUGGUCCAGGCGGUGCGGCCUCUGAACGCCAGCACUCUACCUCCUCCAGCACUGGCCACCCUCAGGGGCCUACUGCCCCAGCUAGGGGCUUCCUUCCUGCAGUCACUGCCCUCACUACAGCUCUUGGACCUGCUAACACACCCAGGCCUGCCCAGCUUCUCCCCAGCACAGCUCACCAUGGAUACACUGUGCAGGCUGAAGCCCUUACUGCCUGGCCUGUCCCCUGCUGUGCUCAGAGGCAUACACUGGUCCGAGAUCAGUGGAACCACUCACUGCCAGUGCUGGCGCACUCUACUGGCUGACCUGAAGCCUGCCCUUAGAGCCAUGCUCCACAGGGCACUGCAGGAGGCUUUAGCCAGCAACUCAAGGAACUUCACAGUGCAGCUCCAAUGUCUCCUGCCGUUUGUGCCCCUGAGGGAGCUGAUAGAGGUUCUGGAUGGAGAGACAUUCCUGAGAGAUAUGAGCCUGUACAGAGACCUGCCCUGGUCCCCUCAACAGGCUCAGCUACUUUUCAAGAGGACCCAUCAAUCUGAAAUCAUUACCAGAGACACUGUAGAGGACUUGGGCCAUAUUGCUGGUGGAAUGAGCUGUGAUUGGCUAAAGCUUUGGACCAAUGAAACCAAUUUUUCAGAGUUGCUUCAGUUUGUCAGUGAGUUGCCAGGAGGGGUGAGACCAGCUCUGAGGAAAUGCGUCGUAGAGGAGCUGCGGAAAAGACCAGAGGAAGACCUGGAUGGUAUAAGCCCCUGGUUUGCUGCAGAAUUACCGGUGAACCUGAUUGAGAGCCUGUCUAAUACUUCACUGACAGCCAUCCUGGCUCACAUUCAGCAGCACUUUGUGGAAUUCCUCAAGCUGCCCCGUCAUAAGCAGAUGGCCUUAGCAGAAAAGGCCAUCACUGUGCUGGGCACCUCUCAGGGCCUGGCUGAGGGGGAGCUCAGGGGGGCCUCUGUGGACCUCCUGGGGCCCCUGUUGCCCUUCCUGGACAGGGAUACCCUGGGGCUGGUGGACAGAGGGGCCCUGGGGCUGCAGCUGGAUGAGCUGAGGGGGUACUGCCUGCCCAGGGACACCCUGAAGGACAUGGCUGCUCUGCUUACUGGGAGAGACCUGCUGGGAGAGGUAUCGGCAUGGACGGUUGGUGAUGUGGAGCUUGUUGGCAGACUGUUGUUUACUCUCUCUCCAAAACAGAUCAACUCCAUCCCACUGGUGGUGUUGAGUGCAGACACGGUGGAGGAGGUUCUGGCAGGUCAGUGGCGCUGGGAGAACAGUGAUGUGGGUCAGGCCUGUGUGUCCCAGUGUGUGGACCAGCAGGGCCAGAGAGAGAGGAUCCACAGCCUGAUACGGGGGGUCGUCAGAGCACAGAGCAGGAGGAGAAAAGUGCCAGUCCCAAGCUGUGGUGACAUAAGAGGCACCUUCCCCUCAGCAUGGACAGCCAAUCAGCUGAGCCGGAUGGCAGGGGAGGAGUUGAGGCAGUGCAUGGAGGUCAUAGGUCAGGAUGCUUCACUGAGCCCUGAGCAGCGCCGAGCACUGUGGGUAAAGCUCAGGCAGGCCUACAGUCCAGUUAGAGGCCUGAGACCAGAGCAGGUUCUGGGGCUCGGCUGUCUGGUCACUGAGCUGGGGGAGAGAGAGCUCCAGGAUACUAACCUGACUGACCUGGGUGUCCUGGCCUACCUGGGGGCUCUGACCGACUGGAGCCCAAAAAAGAUGAGAGCAGCAGUUGUUGGUGUGAUGCGAAAGCGGAAGUUGAAGGUGGAGCAGCUCGGAGCUGUAGAAGUGGCUUCUCUAGGACACCUGCUCUGUGGUUUCACACCAUCAGAGAUCAACAGACUGGACCCCUACAACCUCAGCAUGGCUGCUCUGUUCCUGAGGGAGCUGGCCCUGCCGUGUUCUGAGCAGCAGAUGGAGGCUCUGACCGCCCGUCUCUCCAGUCCUCAGGCCUUUGGCCCCGUCAGUACCUGGGGCCCCGAGGUCUUCACUGAGAUUGGCACACUAGCAGCGGGUCUGGAGGACAUGGUUCUAUCUGCUCUGGUACAGGAGCAGGUGGAGGGGCUCAUCCCCGAAGCUAUCGCCCUGAUUCCCCCCACAAAGAUGGCUGUGGUAUUCAGUGCGGUCCAGCUGUCGUGGCUGAAUGUGGAGCAGGCAUGGGUGGUCACAGAGAAGCAGUGGGUGGAGCUGAACAGUGGGCAGAGACAUGCCUUGGGCCUGGCGCAGUAUGAGGGGGAUGUCCUGCUAGAGCAUAGAGGGAGGAAUGUGGCCCCGGCAACACGGUCAGCUGACAGCCUCACUGUGUGCUUAUUGUCUCUAUGCUGUAUGUUAUGGCAGCUAUCGUAAAACACACAGUAACCCAUUUGUAUUUAUUUGUUCUUUGACCUUCUUUUAUCGAAUUGUAACAUUUGUACUUAAAAAUAAACCGAACAUUUUGAACUGUG